AUGCCUUUCGAGAAAUGGCAGAGGAGGAUACCACUGAAGUACCAGAAAAUGAAUUCGCUGCUCUGCCUCGUCGCACUCCUUGGAGUUGCCGUAGCAUCUACCGAGUCUCCAUCCGCCAUUUUGGGCCCGCUUGUUGAGAAAUACCAAGAUCUCAUUUACUCUGGAGACUACGAAGAGCUCGAAGAGCUCUACCACCCGAACGCCAUCCUCGUCGUCAAGGGAGACGAAUCCCCGUACUAUACCCCUGCUCGCAUCUUCGAGGAGAUCCGCGAGGCUCGCUCCAAGGUCGGCAACGCCAAGACCGUCUUCAUCAAGGAAACCUACACUGGUGAUGGCGACAUCAUGAUGUAUGAAAACCGUUGGACCAUCACUACUGCAAACCUCGAGCUGAGCGGCCCCUACCGCGCCAUCUGGAUCAAGUACGAGGGCCGCUGGGUCAUCUGCCACGAGCAGUACUCCCAGACCAAGCGCCACAUCCAUCACCACGCCCAU